UUGUUUCUUUCUAGGUCCUCCACCACUCUCCUGCCGUUAAUAUCAAUGACUCUGCAUACUACACACGUCAGUGACACAAGUCUGUAGUUUAAUGCCUCGUGUCCGUCUCCUUAAAAAUUGGGACUACAUUUGCCAUCUUCCAUACCUCAGGUAGUUGUCCAGUUUCAAUGGAUGUGUUGAAGAUUUUUGUUAUUGGCACACAUAGCAUCUCUGCUCCCUCUCUAAGGACCCACAGAGAGAUGUCCUGUCCCACCGCCUUUGAAGUAUCAAGUUCACAUAGCAGCUUCUUCACCUCCUCCUCGAUUGCAAUGUUGGAGGCACCAUGUAUGUAGUGCCGCCUGUGUUUUAUACAGUGCCGUUACCUACCACCGUCACCCACUAGGUGGUCAGACCCUCCCUCCCCUACACCACUGUAGCUGGGGAAGGUGGGACACUACCGUGGUAGGUGGUACGCUUCGAUGAUAGAUGUGACGCUACGGUGAUAGAUGGGACGCUACGGUGAUACAUGGGACGCUACGGUGAUGCAUGGGACGCUACGGUGAUAGAUGGGACGCUACGGUGAUACAUGGGACGCUUCGAUGAUACAUGUGACGCUAUGGUGACAGUCAGUGGGUAAGAACAAACGCUAUGGAAGACACCGUCACCACUAUCUCUCCCAGGGCCCGUGUGUCGCGCCAGAGGUUGUCAGCGUCACUACGUGAUGACCGAACACGUUCCUCCUCAUCGUCGUCCUCUUUAAGUUCUUCCUCGUCAUCGUCGUCGUGUUCGUCCGUGUCUAAGGUAGCCAUCAUCACGAGCGUCAACAAAGAUGGCGGCUCCACGGAUGUCCCUCCCACUGAAUGUCCUCCAUCUGUUGCCUCCUCUCCUUGCUCUUCUCGAUCUUCCUUAUUUUCCUCUCCGUCUUCCACUUCCUCCACGUGUGAGGUUAAGAAAGAAGGAGGAGAAAGAGAGAGUGAGGGCCAGCUUAGUACUCUCAGUGUCGAGGAGGAAGAAGAGGAGUCGAGUGCCUCAGGGUCUACAAGUGAUGCUGUCACUCAGUCAACGUCUGCAGCAUCUUACAUAAAGCAGGUAGAACCCAUCUUCCUGCGGUGUCCUAAGAGAGUCGAGGAAAACCUAGCUGCCUCUCACUCCUUCGUCAGAUCCCGUGAGGAAGGAGUAAAUCACAGCCUCCUCACAUGCUCCUCUCCCACCAUCACCAGGCUGGAUACUCGCACCACCGCUGGUGAUGAACUUCAAGUACGACUCAAUGCCAUACUUCACUCCAGUCGACGCCUCAGUGACGCAUACUGCAGACGCACGCCCACAAGUGUCCCAGGGACGAAAUGCUUCGAGGACGUGAUGGCCUCGUCAUCUCUCUCAGAGUUGUCCUCUUCCUUUCCGCCUUCUUUCUCGAGUGAUCACCUGGAAGCUUCAAAUUCAGCAGAAAGCUACGAGUCGUGGAGCCUUUAUGAGGAGUACUCGAGGCCACACUCGCCCUCGAGCUACGACCCAAGUGGCUACUCAAGCACGGACGCCUGCAGCUCCCUGUAUCACGAUCGACCGUCCAGUGGUCGGGAGGACCAGUGCUCGAGCCUGUCAGGCAGUCAGGCUGAGUGCCACUUCACUUUCCCAGAGUCCGAGAAUGACCUCCAGCGUCCAGACAUCCCCCUCUACCCCAGAUCCCCUCGUUACUCCAUCUUCACUAUAAGUGGCACUCUGGCAGACCCCUUUGGUACCAGAGCCAAGUACUCCCUCAGAAGCCUUUCAACGGCGCACUUCUAAUGAGGAAGCUCUCUAAGUCUGCGUUUCCACGCGAUAUUCAAGAGAAGGGGAGAUGGGUGCCUUGAUGCUGCUGAAGAACUAUUAUUCCCUUCAGUGGAUCAAACCUGAUUGCCUUCCAUUCCCCAAGCCCUACGAAUUUAGCGCUUAUUUUAUGAAUAUACUGUAUAGAAUUUGUGAACUAUAUAAAAAGUGUGAAGAUUUAUCGUUACAAAAAACUCGAGAUUGAUAGUGAUGAUGUGUCUUUGUGCUAGACUCUUCAGUGUCUGGCACAGACUUGAUGAAUCAGGGGUUCUGAUAAACCGAGAACAAGAUAUACAUCUGGCACCAUAGUACCGACACCAGUAUUGUCAGGUGGCUGUCCCUGAACAGUGAAAGAUUGUGACUUUGUAAAUGGUCCAAGUCGGACCGAAACGUUGUCGUAAGCUCCUCUUUCCUAUGCGUGGGUUAUUUGUGUAUUGUUCCAGUCACGGUAUUGUGCCUUUUUGUUAUCUGUGUACUGAAGGGUCGUCAUGUAUCAACAAAAGAGAAGACAAAUACAAAGUGACUUUUUUGACCGCUGAACGGGUCGUUACUUGACAAGAACUUGUUUCAGGUGACUUUCCUUUGUUUAUACAUUAACAGCAGAGGCUCUAGUGACACAACACUAUUGCUGUGAUGGAUGACAGGUGCUGCCUGUGGCGGAUGACAGGUACUGCCAACAAGCAGAAAGACUGAUUUGCGAAAUCAGUUGACAUGAUUAUGAACACCGCACUAAACGGAGUGGGAUUCAAACCCAAGGCAAACCAGACCUUAAACUAGCAAGUCAGUGCACUAGCUGGCUUCCUAGGUGCAGGAUGGGCUCUGAAUCCCACUCUUGUUCACCUUUUAGGUAGUGUAUAACUCUGAAUCCCACUCUUGUUCACUGCGAGGUAGUCUAUAACUCUGAAUCCCACUCUUGUUCACUGCGAAGUAGUCUAUAACUCUGAAUCCCACUCUUGUUCACUGCGAGGUAGUCUAUAACUCUGAAUCCCACUCUUGUUCACUGCGAGGUAGUCCAUAACUCUGAAUGCCACUCUUGUUCACUGCGAGGUAGUGUAUAACUCUGAAUCCCACUCUUGUUCACUGCGAGGUAGUCUAUAACUCUGAAUCCCACUCUUGUUCACUGCGAAGUAGUCUAUAACUCUGAAUCCCACUCUUGUUCACUGCGAGGUAGUCUAUAACUCUGAAUCCCACUCUUGUUCACUGCGAGGUAGUCUAUAACUCUGAAUCCCACUCUUGUUCACUGCGAAGUAGUCUAUAACUCUGAAUCCCACUCUUGUUCACUGCGAGGUAGUGUAUAACUCUGAAUCCCACUCUUGUUCACUGCGAGGUAGUCCACAACUGGAUCAAAGUCGUAUAACACCCACAAGAUGAUAAGACACACGGGUGGCACCUAAGUAUCUUUAUUUAGGCGAUGCCUCACCCACCACUGACCUUAUUAUUAAAGCCCCUGGAGGGCGAAACAUCGUUUUAAUAAUGAUAACCAUGUGUUGUACAUGUGUCAGACUCAGCACGUAGAACGGUAAAGCAGAUUAUCCUACUACACAAUACUACAUACAAGAUUUGCCAGCCAAUAUAUAAAUCCUUUUUCCAGACUAAUACAUUAUAGAUUAUUAAUUCACUGACAGUCUUUAAUGUAUCAUUACUUUUAUAGUUAAUAACUAAUUAUCAUUACUUUUAUAGUUAAUAACUAAU